AUGGCUCUCCUGAAAGUUAUACCCCGAACGGGCAUUCGAACUGCUAUUCGAUCUUCUAUCCGAACUACAACUCGUGCUUCUUCCACCUCAUCUCAGCCCACCAAGGCCGAGGGGGACAUAUCGUCCGUUUUCCCGAGCUUGAGGUCGGAUUAUAAGCCAGAGCCCCUCCCAAGGCGGUUUGAAGACCUGAAAUUAAGCCUCUUCCAGCCGAAUGGAGCUGCGUUGACGAAGAGCUGGUUUAGAUUACUAGCCAGCCUGGAGCAUGAAGUGGAAGAGAUUCGGAAAGCUGGCAGCGACGUUAUACCAUCAAUCGAUUACUCAGAAGUUCUAUCAGGCGAGGUUGGCCCUGGUAAGCUGGACGAGAUUCGUCGGCGUGGAUGCGUAGUAGUCAGAGGAGUUUUGCCGAAAUCAACGGCCCUUGACCUAAAACAAGAGGCAAGGGAAUAUAUCUCUGCCAAUCGAAGUACGGUGAAAGCAUUUCCCCCUGACUCUCCCGCCGUUUAUGAGCUUUACUGGUCACCUUCACAAGUCACAGCUAGAGCGCAUCCCAAUGUCCUUCAAACCCAACGCUUUCUACAAGGAAUUUGGCAUUCCUCGGAUCCUCAGACCCAGCUCUCCAGAACCUACCCUCUUUCUUACGCUGAUCGAUUUCGCAUCCGAGACCCAGGCGAUGCCAAGUUUGCUCUAGGCCCACACGCCGAUGGAGGAUCUCUCGAAAGGUGGGAGGAUCCUGAAUACUCUAAGGUUUAUCGGAAGAUACUGGAUGGUUCGUGGGAGGAGUACGACCCCUUUGAUGCACGGCAUCGCAUUCACGCGAAAAUGAAUCUGUACAACGGAGCUGGUGCCUGUUCCAUGUUACGAUUUUUCCAAGGAUGGCUAUCAAUGUCCGACACGGGACCAGGAGAGGGGACGUUGCAUAUAUGCCCAAUGUUAAAACAUAGUACCGCCUACACGAUUCUCCGCCCAUUCUUUAAUGUCCAGACAUCGGAUCCUCUGCUAGAUGCUUCAUUCCCAGGCUCAGUUCCUGGAGCUUGUCAGGAGUACUCGGAUCACACUCACCCGCAUCUGGAACUUUCCACUACCAUGGUAUCCGUUCCUCCAGUUGAGCCGGGUGAUUAUGUUGCGUGGCACUGCGAUUCUCUUCAUUCCGUUGACAAGGAACAUCGAGGUAAAGGUGAUUCGAGCGUGUUGUACAUUCCUGCAACCCCGCUGUGCGAGAUGAACGCAAGGUACCUCGAGAAGCAGCGCCAAGCUGCUUUGGUAUAUUCUCCACCGUGGGACUUUCCGAACGCUGGGGGACCAGGUGAGUUUGGCUUUGCUGGGACGGUGGAUUGGACAAAGUUAAGCCAUGAUGGGUUACAGGCUAUGGGAAUGGGAGCUGCGCCAUGGCAGGUUCAGGAGGGCAUGUCUCAAGGUGAGAAGGAAGCUAUUGAGAUGGGGAACAAGAUUCUCUUUGCUGCAUAA